CAGAAAUUUUCGCGUCAAGAAAAAUCAGAGAGGAAGUAGCUCCUGUUCCUCAACAACCGAGAUCAGAACCUAAGACCUUGCCCAGGGAACCCAGCUUCGCCAAACCUUCGUCCCUGGAAAAACCCUUGCCUACUAUAAACCUGACUCAGGUAGCGACGCCCUGGGAGAAUAUCACUCUCAACCGCUGUCUUUUUGUAGCCAUCACCAUUCUGGUGCUCACGUCAGGCUUUCAGAGACUUAACGAAACUUUACGUGGCCAGGGAACAAUAGAAGAAUUGGAAGAAGCUGGGCUGACAGUGAGGCGACCAAGGAUGUUACGUCACAGAGGACAUCUGCCAGAACCUGAGAUGUCUCUGUGGGAAGUCAUUUUUUGGUGGCUGCCAGACCUUGAUGAUGAAGACGAAGAAGAGGAUGAUGAUGAAGAGAUCAAAAGAAGAAAAUCAAAGAGGGUAGUAACAACACGAACAUCAAGAGGUUUCAGGAACAGGCCGAUGCCAGAGAAAAAACUCUUAAAGCAAAGAGACGGGAAAUUAAAGGACAGGAGGACCAGAAAAGCCAAGGCCAACAGAAUCAAAGACAAGAGAGGAAGGAUGAAGAAAGAGGACCCUGAAGAGGCAACAGACAAAGAUGAUGAAAGAGACGAGACAGAGCCAAAGAAUAUGUUGGAAGACGAGGAAUAAAAGAUUGAGAUUUUUUAUUUAGCUCUGAGAUACACAAGAUGAUCAAUGUAAGCAUUGAAGAUUUAAAGCACAGUGUUGCUUCAGUUAUUUUAAUGUAUUAGGCUAAAAAUGAAAUAAGUCUGUACCUUGCCUCUUUGAGAAGACAUCUAAUAAAUCCUGCUAAGCACAUGUAUAAAGUCUACUGAGUGUUGUUUCAGCUGAUAUUUGCAAACUCAAAAUCUAAUUCUCAAGAAAUAAUCAAAAGGUUAAUUAAUUUCUGUAUUUCAAUCUAAAAUCCAUGUGUGUUUAUCACAGAUAUAUACACAUUCAACAGCUUAUUCC